AAACAGGAAAAGCCAAACAACUAAGGAAAUCCAGGUGGUUUCAACAAAUUAAUCAUCGUUUUGUUUCACUUCUCUACAUCAGAUAGGUGUAGGAUGGCAGGUACAUCGCGGCAUGACCGAGAGAUGGCAAUCGGUGCCAAGAAGCAGCUGGCAAAUUGUUCAGACCCCAUUGAGCGUCUGAGGCUACAGUGUUUGGCUCGAGGGUCUGCAGGAAUCAAGGGACUGGGCAGGACUUUUAGGAUCAUGGAUGAUGAUAACAGUCGCACACUGGACAUGAAAGAGUUCCUGAAAGGCCUGAGUGAUUACGGUGUGCUCAUUGAGAAAGAAGAGGCUAUGAACCUUUUUCAACAAUUUGACAGGGACGGCAGUGGAUUAAUUGUAUUUCAUUUCAGGCAGAUCACUCUUAGGCAACCACCCAUGUCUAAUGCCAGAAAGGAUGUGAUGCUACAGGCAUUCAAAAAGCUGGAUAAGACCGGAGAUGGUGUGAUUACAAUCGAGGAUCUGAGAGGAGUAUACAAUGUCAAACAUCACCCCAAAUAUCGAAACGGUGAGUGGACCGAAGACCAAGUAUUCCGCAAAUUCCUGGACAGCUUUGACUCUCCGGAUGACAAGGAUGGGAAGGUCACAAAAGAGGAGUUUUUGAACUACUACUCCGGCGUGAGCACAUCCAUUGACACAGAUAUCUACUUUAUUGUAAUGAUGAAAAAUGCAUGGAAGCUUGACUAAACUUCUAAAACAUCUAUUUUUGGGU